AUGGGCCACCGUCCCCGCUAUCGCAAGCUCGACGCCUGGAAGGCUUAUCUCGAUCGUGACCUUGAAUACGGCAUCAACUUACUCCAUAGUGGCGAGUGGACCGUCAACGGUGUCGUCAAAGAUGGCUUCAGCUUUCUCGAUGCGCGUGUCGGCAGCGAGCGAUGCCAGGAGACGGCUCUACUCGUCUUGAUCCUUCGUCAGAAGGUCAUCGAUUUUCUAGAGGAGGAAGGCCUCGAUGAAGAGUUCGACGAACUUAUCACUCAGUACCGUGUCAAGCAUGCUUCGGACAAGGAUUGGACAGCAAUAUUCGUAACCGAGGAUGUCCGCGUUGAAAAUGCCGUUGAGUAUGAGGCCAUCAAGCAGGCCAUUAUCGACAGAAUCGGCAGCAAGUGGGCAAUGUUCCUGGGAUUGGCUCGCACACUCACCUCGUUCAGCGUCUUGACUGACAUGGAGGCCGGCAUGCCUGUGCGUUACCGUCGCAAGAAUGACGUCUUCGUCGAAACCUCCAAAGAGCACCGCACUGCCAACAUGGAUGAGUAUCAUGAUAUCGAGUUCGCCAUGCGGAAGGAAUUCACCGCUGUCUCAUUCGAUCUCAUCGAGGAGGUGGCCGACACCGUUCUUGGCGAAAAGGCCCUGCCUUUCGGUGACAAGCCUCGCCGUUGCAGUACCAUCAUCGAACAAGCGCGUGAGAUAUUCCACUUCUCGAUGGCCAACAAGAUCAAUCCAGGCCACAAGGAAUACCCGAUCAAGAUCGGUUCAUUUUCCGCCUCGACGAUCAUACUGCUUUUCGCCUGCUACCAUUUCAAUAUUCCAAUCGUGGAAUGCAUGCCUCGCCUCAAAUACGAAGCAUCAAGUCGGGCAGCGUGCGACGAACCUACCUCUGCCUCGAUUAAAUACGAAGUCACUGCCGCGCCUGUCCUCACGUUCGUCCGGAACGAAGCAAAAAGAGGUUAUAAAGCCGUUUCUGCCACGGACGAGGACUCCAAGAAAAAGCCAGCCUGGAAGCUGGGCGGAUUUAGCAUGUACAACAUGAAGCAGGCCGGCGAUCUCCUGUCGUCACCCUAUGACCGCGAGUUCAUUGCUGCCUUGAUGAAGUACGACGUCAGCCACCGCCUCGCGAUAUUUGGGUUCUGCCACAAUGAGUACCCAGCGGCAACCGAGGAUGGAGGUGUCAAUCUUGUUUCGCUGAUGAAGGAGGUGUGCGGAGGGAGCCGCAGCGUCGAGAACGUCACCCUUGAGAGCCUCGGAAGUUGUCUGAGCUUGGACGUCAAUGACCAGGCUGGCACGGCCAGUUUCAUGUCACUCGCCACUGCCAUCACCAGCCUAGCCAGGAAGCACAAUCUUCACGACACUUUCCUUGCGCAUCAGCGUGACCCGGCAACCAGGAGCGCAUAUCUGAUGCAGCACAAGUCUAUUCCUUACACCUACAAUCACAUUGAGGUCUCUACGGCGGCUCGAGAAGAGGCAAAAUGGGCCAAGCUUGUAAAGAAGUUCCAGUCAACCGCCGAGCCCAUCUACGCCAAUCUUUUUACGAUCGGCAACGUCGCAUACAGCAUUGCCGACCAGAAAGAGGCUGAUCGCCUCAUGCAGCUCAACAAUGACACUCAGAAGGCAUCCAGUGGCUGCGGACAGAAGGGCGACAAGAAGGGUGGCAAGAAGGACCAGAAGGACCAGAAGGGAAG